AAAAUUGUCCCAGCAAUAAUGUGUUUGCAACAUGGAAACUGCCAGGCAUUCAAGGGAUAGUUCUACAUACAUACAAUGAUCAAGUCGAAGUGGAGGGGCCGGCUCAACCUGAGGCUCCACUCGAUCUUGCCAAGGAAUUCCCGACCUCGUCUCUCUGAUGACUGACUUCGCAAGUCCGUGACUCCAUCACGGCAACAAGAUCAUCAUGCUUGCCCACCACAUGGCUUGAGCUGAACCGCAACACACCAAAUCUAUCAUAUCCAACCGCAGAAUCAUCACAAUGUCCAAAUCGAUGGCACAGCUAUUCAGAAUCCACCACUCUCACACGAACACGCGGUCUUUAGCGAAACAAACGAGAUUCAAAAGAGCAAGAUAUUGGCGCUGCUCAUGAAGAGAGCGAGAUCGAGAUCGAGAUCGUACUGUCGUUGAAGAUUUUCGCCAUCUGUGGAACGAUUCCAAUAUCGCGUCUGGCAGCACAAUCGUGCCCGUUGGUAUAAAGAUUGCACACUCAGGGCGUGUGAAUGCUUUGGACACACCCUUGCACAUCGAGAUUGAGAUGGCGUCUAUCUUCACAUUCAACGAUGAGCCCGUCCGUGUUGCCUCCCCAUGGCUUCAGGGCGCGGACAGCGGCUCGCAUACGCCAAACGAGGUGCCAUUAGCCGGUAAUGAAAGCUCGCCCGGUGUCGCAACUGCCUCUCAUGAUCAAUCCCCAGGCUCCGCCAAAGUCACCCGCCUACAAGCAGAACCUCAGGAAGGACCUGUGGAAUACAAGUUGCAUCUUCUGCUUCGUCCUCGACGGAAGUUCAGAUCAACCAGCACUGGCAACCACCUAUCUGGAUCAAAGCAUUCAAAGUACGGGAGCUCCAAAUCCGCAUCGCGAAGCGUGUCGGAGCCUAUAUCGGAGUCAGCAGCCGCGAGCACAGUGACUCCCCCACUUGCUUCUACCCAGCAGACCAGACAGCACCGCCUGCAACAGCUGACCACGCAGCUGCUUUGGCGCUUGCAGCAGUCCUCACCACACCAUACCUCACGCGCACCGAGUACCAUCCUUCCAUCGCUACCCGAGGCUCUUCCAGAACUGCAAGUGCCUCAGCAGCCAGAUAAGCUUCUGCAUGGCUUGGAAGAAAGCCAAGGUGCUUUGUAUGAGAUCGGUGUCUCCGAUGAUGGAGCUCUCGUGGGACUGGCCGAGGAUGAGAUGAACGAAAGUAUUAACAACCUACGUGCUAUGGCUGCAUGCCUUGGUUGCACUGUUGACGUGCUGCGUUGCGAAGUUGUUGGCGAGGCCGAAUGGCUAGACGAUACUGUCAUUGGCGGUGAUCAGCGAAAGCUGCGUCGUUCUGGCAAGCUUGUGGUUGCUGAAGCAUUUGUGAAGCCCUUUCUUCAGCCUGCGAGUCCGACUUUGGCGGGUAAGGAUCAACCGAAGAACGGUAAAGUACAUUCUGUGCUGCCAAGUGCUGCGGAUGUUGCGCCGCCUUCUACGGACCAGCUUCGAAUCACUCUGACUGGUCCUACCAUGAGCGGAAAGUCCUCUCUGCUUGGAGUCUUGACCACUUCAACGUUAGAUAAUGGUCGCGGUAGUAGCAGACUAAGCAUGCUUCGGCAUAGCCAUGAGAGAACGUCCGGGCUUACUAGUUCUGUAACCCAAGAACUUCUGGGAUAUCGAGACGCCACCGAUGGAGCUCUCGAUGUCGUCAACUAUGCCACUGCAAACGUGGCGUCUUGGGUCGACAUUCAUGACACUUCUGCUGGAAGUAGAUUAGCACUGAUAUCCGACUCUGCGGGACAUCCUAGAUACCGUCGAACUACGGUCAGAGGCUUAGUUGGAUGGGCACCUCACUGGACGCUAUUAUGCAUCCCAGCUAACGAUGCUGAGGAAUUAACUGGCAGCAACGGUGGCUCAACAUCAGCCCAGCACUUUCCUGUACCGUCUGACAUGGACCUCUCUGGCGCACAGCUUGACUUGUGCCUGCGACUAGGUCUUCCGCUAGUGAUAGUGAUCACCAAACUCGACUUGGCGUCUCGUGCAGGCUUGAAACAGACCCUAACCAAAGUCCUCGAUGCGCUCAAGGCUGCAGGCAGAAAGCCAGCGAUGCUUCCCAACAAGUCUGGCGUGGUCACUCAGGCCAACCUGCAGACAGUUGAUACUGCUUCUCUUGACGCUGCUUACAAUGCCUCACUCCCAUUACUGAACGAUCCGGCCGGCGCUGUGCCAAUAGUCUUAACGAGUGCCGUUGAUGGCACUGGCAUCGGCAACUUGCAUGCACUCUUACAUGAAUUGCCGAUAGCGGAUUUCAAGGCCGAGGAUAUGCCCGAUGGCCUGCCUGUCUUCGAUGUUGAAGAUAUUUACACCAAGCCCGCAGAAGUCGAAGGCGUCAUUGUCUCCGGCAGACUCCGAAAAGGCCAAAUAUCUGUUGGCGACGUCCUUGUCAUUGGCCCUUUCUCAAGUACAGACAGUCAAGAUGAUUCCGAAGACUCGGACGAGAGGCCAUUUCGCAGGAAUUCGUCACACUUACCAACCUCUCGCUCCUUCCCAGGCGCGCUCCGCAACUCGCUUCUUGCCCCACCCAUCUAUCAGCUGCCUAACCAGGAGUGGCGGCGUGUCAAUGUGGUCAGUAUCAGGAACCUGAGACUCCCAGUGCACACAUUGCAUGCAGACCAGAUUGGCACUCUUGCGAUCACACUGGAAGACAACAACGAUGCCACAUCAUCUGCUCUGCAUCGCCUCCGGAAAGGCAUGGUUCUCGCGACGAUUCAACCCGCCGCAACCCGCACAUUCACGGCUCAAUUCAAACGUGAAGAUUUGGAGUCGCUCGGCGUGGGAAGCCAUGUCAUCGUCUACAUUUCGAGCGUGCGUGCGUCAGCGAGAGUCGUCUCAGCGCGUGCUCCGGACUCGCCAGAUCUACCCAAGACAGAUGUCACUCCAGACGAAGACUCAUACCUUCACAAACCUUUCUCAUUCGACGACCUCGACGGUGUUUCGGCCAGCCCCAAACUCGCCGGCAUGAUCACGGCCCCAGACCUUCUGGUGAUAUUCUCGUUUGACGCUGCAAAAGAGUUUGUCAUGAUCGGAGACCGCAUCUUGGUCAUGCCAGGAGGUGGUCACGGUCAUUUUGGAGGUCUUGAAGGCUUCGUAGGUGUCGUCACCGAUACAAGAGGAUGAAGGAGCAGAGAGCAAGCCACCCACCCACCCAAUCGCACACAUUCCAUAUUUUGGCUCUAUCUCAAAUCCUCGCGUUCAUGCCUUUUCUUCCUCC